CGGCCGUGUUCGCCUUCCCCACAUGUUCUUCGUCUGCUGCCUACACCACUCGUGUUGAUCGGGUAAACAAAAGCAAGUGUACCUCUCAGAUUCACAGAAUCCACCUCAAAGACAGAACGGAAAAGAUGCCGCCCUCCCAGAUCCAGAUCGCCACCUCUUCGCUACAGCGGUUACUGAAGGAAGAAGCAUCCUACUACAAGGAGCAAGAGGAGCAGGAGGCUCGGAUUUACAAGUUGGAGAACGAAGCCAACGGGAGCGAUGAGAACCAUGACUAUAAACUAAGACAAGAGCGUCGAGCCCUUGAAGAGACCAAGGUAGUCAUCCCGACGCUGCGUGAUCGCAUCACAAACGCGAGGGAGAAGCUUGAGAACCUCCUGGACACAGCCACAAACGAAGACGAACGAAACACUGCGGUUGAAGUGCUCAAGGCGGCGAAAGAAGCGCAGAAGGACGAUCCGAUCGCCGGAGAAGAGAGGACUAUGUCAUGAAUGAAGGCUCCACUCCUUCUAACGAAGACUUGAGGACGACCUACGACGACAGGGACGGAAAUGCCAAGGAGAAGCGAUGUGAAAAAGCGGCUUUGAGUUAUAGCCGGAAUCAAUGAUGGAACGAUUGAAAUGAACAUUGGAGCAUCACAUUCUCCCAUACCUUGAAACUGGGGAAAUUUGUUCGGGGUUCUGAACGUCAGCUAGGCUUGGUCCUUCUCCUUUGCUUCUAACCUCGCCAGUGUGUCGUUCAUUGAGCAGACAGAGCACAUGAGAGUCUUGAACGUCCCAGAGAAGUUGAUCGACUGACACGAAGUCGGUAAGCCCAAAUGGGCCAGAUAUCGAUGGGCUCCUUGAUUCUUCCCAUCAUUUCUCAUAACCGUGUCCGCAGAUCCUAGUUAGGUUGAUCGCUAUUCCCCCCUUGAUCAUACAGGAGCACGAGGAUCUCCGUUGUUGUCCCCAGGCCCAGAAAUGGAUUCAGUGCGCGAACAGCGGCC